AACACGUAAAAAUAAUAUUAUUAAACCCCUUAAAGGUCACCGUUGAAAAUGAUACUAUUAUUAACCAGAAGAGAGUUCUCUCUGACGUAGGCACAAAAAGGAAAUACUAAAACAAAACAAAAGAGUGGUGUGGUUAAUCACUGGUCACGCCACACCUACAAAUAUCUUCCAUCUCAUUCACAUUUCUUCGAUAUGCAUCCCCACAAGUCACAACACAGCCUCAAAAUAAACCAUGCAGAUACAAACCCUCCCACUUGCAUCCCCGGCUCCAAGAAUCACCCGGCACCACUUUCCGCGGCCACCGAAAUGCGCAGUUACCGCCACACCGCCGCCAUUGAAGGAGAGGAGAAACCACUCAAUGCCGCCGGAAAAGAUAGAGAUUUUCAAGUCCCUGGAGGGAUGGGCCUCACAGCGGGUCUUACCGCUGCUGAAGCCCGUGGAGCAAUGCUGGCAGCCCCAGAAGUUCCUCCCUGACUCGACCCUACCCUUCGAUGAGUUCAUCGAAGCGGUGAGGUCGCUUCGCCACCGCACCAAGGAGCUAUCUGACGAGUACUUCUUAGUGCUGGUGGGUGACAUGGUCACGGAAGAAGCGCUUCCCACUUACCAGACCAUAAUGAGUGGCCUGGAUGGGGUGGGAGACAAGUGCGGAUCAAACCCAAGCCCGUGGGCCGUGUGGACCCGGGCCUGGUCCGCGGAGGAAAACAGACACGGGGAUUUGCUCAGAACUUAUUUGUAUCUUUCUGGUCGUGUUGACAUGAAGAUGAUCGAGAGGACUAUCCACAACCUCAUAGCAGCUGGCAUGGACCCUGGUUUCGAGAACAACCCGUAUUUGGGGUUUGUGUAUACUUCAUUCCAAGAGCGAGCGACGUUCGUGUCCCACGGCAACACAGCUCGGCUUGCGAAGGAGGGUGGUGAUCCAGUGCUGGCGUGCAUAUGCGGGACCAUCGCAGCGGACGAGAAGCGGCACGAGAAUGCGUACUCAAGAAUCGUCGAGAAGCUUCUAGAAGUGGAUCCCACCGGGGCAAUGUUGGCCAUAGGAACCACGAUGGAGAAGAAGAUCACGAUGCCGGCGCACCUUAUGUACGAUGGGGAGGACCCCAGGCUAUUCGAGCACUACUCCACGGUGGCGCAGCGAAUGGGCGUUUACACGGCCAAAGACUACGCGGACAUCUUGGAGUUUCUGAUCGGACGGUGGAGAUUGGAGAAGCUGGAAGGUUUGACGGCUGAGGGAAAGAGGGCGCAGGAUUUUGUGUGUGGGUUAGCACCGAGGAUUAGGAAGUUGCAAGAGCGUGCUGAUGAGCGAGCGCGUAAGAUGAAGCCUCAUGGAGUUAAGUUUAGCUGGAUCUUCAAUAAAGAGCUGCAUUUGUGAAAUUUGAGUUGAGAGAGGACUUAAUGAAAUUUACUUAUUGUGACAGAGUUUAGUUGGUGGGUUACUUAGAUUGGUGUAAUACAAAUUGUUUCAUAGUGUGACAGUGAGUUUAGCACUUAUAAUUAAUAAGUCGGAAUGAACAAUUAAAAUGGAUUGAUGCCUGGUUGUUGUAAUAAAUCAUACAUUUUAUUCAA